AUGAUUAGUGAAAUUAUUAUGUCGAUGCUUCCAUUACAGGAUUGGGUUUUGAACGGGGCGGAUCGAAGUCGCGUGGUGUCGAUAUCGGUGUUCGUGGCGGUGCUUUGCCUCUGCAUCGUCAUCGGUCACCUGAUCCAGGAGAGCCGGUGGGUGAAGGAGUCGUUCGCCGCUCUUUUGAUAGGAUGUGUUACUGGACUUAUCAUUUUGCUGUGGAGCAAGGGUGCUAGUUCACACAUUUUGAGAUUUGACCAAGACCUUUUCUUCAUAUAUCUUCUCCCUCCGAUAAUCUUUAAUGCAGGGUUUCAAGUGAAGAAGAAGCAAUUCUUUCAUAAUUUCCUAACCAUCAUGUUGUUUGGAGUUGUUGGGGUCUUUAUAUCAUCAGCCAUUAUAGCAGCAGGUUGCUGGUGGCUAUUUCCAAAAGUAGGAUUCAUUGGGCUCAAAUCACAAGAUUAUCUUGCUCUAGGAGCAAUCUUUUCAGCAACUGAUACCGUGUGUACCCUACAGGUCUUGCAUCAAGAAGAGACUCCCUUAUUAUACAGCCUGGUGUUUGGUGAAGGUGUUGUAAAUGAUGCUACUUCCAUUGUUCUUUUUAGAGCAGUUCAGAAGUUUUCGGUUUCUAGACUUGAUGGAUCCAUUGCCACUCGUAUUUUUGGAGAUUUUCUCUAUCUAUUCGUGACAAGUACAUGCCUUGGUAUUUUGACUGGGCUUAUGACUUCUUACGUUACGAAGACUUUGUAUUUUGGUAGACACUCUACAGAUCGUGAGAUAUCUUUGUUGGCCUUGAUGGCCUAUCUGUCGUACAUGGUUGCAGAGCUGUUGCACUUAAGUGGCAUUCUCACUGUCUUCUUUUGUGGAAUAGUUAUGUCCCAUUAUGCAUGGCAUAAUACAACAGAGAAUUCCAGAAUUACAACAAGGCAUGCAUUUGCAACAAUGUCUUUUAUUGCCGAGACGUUCAUAUUUUUGUAUGUGGGAAUGGAUGCUUUGGACAUGGAGAAAUGGAAAAUGACAAAAACCAGCUUCAGAGUAAUUCUUGGAAUCUAUUCUGCUAUUCUACUUCUAGUCUUGCUUGGGCGUGCUGCUUUUGUAUUCCCACUUUCUGCUUUAUCCAAUUACAUGAGUGCUAAAGCAGAAAACUCUAAUAUUACUUUAAGACACCAGGUUAUAAUCUGGUGGGCUGGUCUAAUGCGAGGUGCUAUUUCUAUUGCACUGGCAUUUAAUCAGUUCACAUUUUCUGGAAUUACGUGGAACCCAGUCCAUGCUACAAUCAUCACUACAACCAUUAUUGUUGUACUUUUCAGCACAGUGGUUUUUGGACUGCUGACGAAGCCAUUGGUGGAUGUAUUACUUCCACAUCACCGGGCACCUGUACAGCAAGCCACCUGGGCAGAAUCAUCGUCUGUAAAGGAAGGGGACGUGCACAUUCCCUUUCUUUCACUGGAGGAGUCGGCUGCCAGCAGCAUGCAACGGGCUAAGAGCAGCCUGACGAUGCUGCUGGAGACACCAGUGAGAACUAUCCACUGUUUAUGGAGGCGAUUUGAUGACACCUACAUGCGGCCAGUCUUUGGUGGACCAAGGCAGUCUUCUGAGCCAGAGUGCCUAGCACACAGCCGCAGUUGCUGCCAUGAAUUCAGCCUCGCAUGA